AUGCUGUACCCGCCCAAUCAGCCCGUCUGCCACCAUUUGGGCAUCUCCAACUCGGCCUCGACCGGUGUGCUGCGUAAAAUCUGCUUCGUUCUGCUGAUCGUCGCCCUCGUCGCAGUGGCGGCCCGAAAAUCGUGGAUCGAGCCGCAAAAUGAUCGCAUCAGUCGACCCAACCGUUACAGCAGGGAUGUCAGCGAGGAAUGUCCUGACAAUCGACCGUUCAUCUGCGACGUCUUCGAUGAACUCGGCCAAGACUAUCCGCCAUGGCUGAAGAAAGACGGCGGCAAGCAGGACUUUGCUAAG